AUGGGCUGUGCCCCUAAUGCCUCACAUUCUCCAGUCUUCUUGCUUCUCGGGUUCUCAAGAUCUAGAGUCCCCCACAGUAUCCUCUUCCUCCUGUUCCUGGCUGUUUACCUGACCACCAUAAUGGGGAAUGUGAUUCUAGUGCUGCUCAUCUCCUGGGACUCCAGGCUCCACUCACCUAUGUACUAUUUGCUCCGUGGGCUCUCCAUGAUAGACAUGGGGUUGUCCACAGUCACCCUGCCCCAGCUGCUGGCCCACUUGGUCACUCGUGACCCAGCCCUUCCCAUGGCCCGCUGCCUGGCCCAGUUUUUCUUCUUCUAUGUAUUUGGAGUUACAGACACUCUUGUUAUUUCUGUCAUGGCUCUGGAUCGCUAUGUGGCCAUCUGUGACCCUCUGCACUACCACUCAGUGAUGAAUCGCAAGCUCUGUGCCCGCUUACUGGCCUUGAGCUGUGCAGUGUCAGUGGUGCACACCAUGCUGCAUGUGGGGCUCCUCAUGCCUCUCUCCUGGGCUGGGGAUGCUGAGGGCAAUGUUCACCUGGCCCACUUCUUUUGUGACCACCGCCCACUUCUACGAGCCUCUUGCUCUGACAUCCGUCCCAGUGAGUUGGCCAUAUUCGUGGAAGGUGGCUUCCUCAUGCUGGGCCCCUGUACCCUCAUUGUACUCUCCUACCUCCGCAUUGGGGCCACCAUCCUACGUUUGCCUUCAGCGGCUAGUCGCCACCGUGCGGUCUCCACCUGUGGGUCCCACCUCACCAUGGUUGGCUUUCUCUAUGGCACCAUCAUCUGGGUCUACUUCCAGCCUCCUUCCCAGAACUCCCAGGAUCAGGAUAUGGUCGCUGCUGUGAUGUACACUGCCAUCACACCUCUGGCCAACCCUUUUGUGUACAGCCUCCGCAACAAGGAUGUCAAGCAUGCACUCCAAAGGCUGCUUAGGGGAGGGAAGGUGGCCUCCUGA